CACAUAUCCUCCCAUUUUCUAUAUGAAUGACGUCUCCAAGAGCAUCAUCCGAAUCAUUCAUGUAUACAACAAGUGGGCUGGGAAAAUUCAAGCAGCCUACACUUUUGAUGCUGGUCCCAAUGCUGUCAUCUUUACCCUGGAGGAACAUGCCGUUGAAGUUGGAGCCCUCAUGCUGCACUACUAUCCAGAAUUUGGUGACAAAUAUGUGAAUAAUCCUGAUUUUGAAAAGAAGAUUAAGGAUUUCAAGUUGGACAAGGAUCUUUUGGAGGCUACAGACAAGACUGGCAGAGAACCCAAGUCAGGUGAGGUCAAGAUGAUGUACUACACCAGUAGUGGUCCUGGUCCACAGAGAUUGACAGAUACUAUCCUCAAUCUUGAUCCCACCACUGGACUCAACACCUACAAAAAGUGAAGCUGCUGAUGAGCAUGAACAACGAAAAUGCUGAACGAACGCUAGCUACCGGUAUAGUCACCACGGUUCGAAUUAAUUUCUCUCAGAGAUGCACAUUUAAAUAUCUGUUGGCCAACUAUCUUUGUUAGGUCAUUGUCUAUUUUUGGUUAGCACCGUCGUCGUCGGCUACUUCGAUCGGUCUCACGCCAAAGUGCUUUCGUGGUUUGAAGAGACGUGGGAGUUGAUUGGAUUCCAGGAAAGUGACGUCAGUCGUUGACUCAGCUUUUCAAAAGAUCUUCUCUGAAAAGGUGGACCAUGGCGCCCACUUCCUUGCCAUACCGUACCACUUCGAUAGCAGAUUCUCCCGCAGUUACGUUCAGCAGGACCAGCAGCCACUUCAUUAACUUUUAUUUCGAAGAGCUCCAACGGCAGCAACCAUGAGAUUGUCUUUAGCCAUCAGCACGGGCAUUGCAACUCUGCUUUGCACCCAUGUCAUCACAGCCUUUGCUCCCCAAUUAACCACGGGCACCAACACAAGAGCCAGUAGUGCAUCAAAAAUGUCGGCACAAUCAGAACAAUGUACACGAAGACAGUCUUUGGAACAGGCAGGACUCAUCGCUGUGGGCAGUUUCUUUGCCAAUGCUUCUCCGGCUGCAGCCAAACAAUCUUCGCAAGAAGCCGCGUUGGAGGUGGAUAAACAAAAGUUGGUGGCAGGAUACAAUAGACUCAACUAUCUGCUGGAUAAUUGGGAAAAAGAGACUACAAACUGCAAAACAAAGACACAAUAUUCCUCGGCGUCGAAUCCGUGCGAGCGAACUCCCUUGAGAGUACAGAUCUAUUUGGGAUAUACCUCAACAGAAGAUCCACUUUUCCGCGCGGACAAGACCAUGAGACGUCUGGAGGUGCUGGUUCCUGCUGGAAGUGAAGUCGAAUACCUAGAUGCCAUGGAGAAAUACAAUGAAAAGGCAGAAGAAGGAAGCGGCAAUGCUUAUACAAGCAGUUGGGGUGAAGCCAACCCGGGUGGCGGGAAAGACAGAAUCGAAUAUUUUGUGGAGCGGGCCAAGUCCAACGUCGUCGACGCAAGAGAUGCCCUGGGUGUUGUGGUGAAAAUCCUUGGGUUGGUUUAAUUAAACUCCCAUGCAAUUUGCACCUGUAGACUUGAGAGAGACAGUGGAAUCCCUCAAGCCUUCGGGCAUAAAACGCAGCUAGACAAUCAGCAACAGAGUAGAUACAGAAAGUUAAACAUUAGCUACAGUAUGUAUUGACC